UUUUGGCUCAGCUGUAGCGCCGUCCGCCCGUACAGGGUCAGCCGCUUACUGGAGGUUUUGUGCCCGAUGGAGGCCAUCCAAGCCCAGAUGUGCCAUUCUUUGGAGGAUGAAUUUGACGAAGUGAUGGAACCUCCUUUGGAUGAAUUCGACAUGUGGGAUCACCAGCAAGCUCUUUCGGCAGAGCGAACGCCUCAGAAAAGAGCCUUCGGCAAGGACAAAAACAUGCAAGGCGUGUUGUUCGUGCAAGGGGCUGCCAAGGACCACCCCACGUUUUUGUGUGUUGGUUGGGCAUGUUGGGUUGUAAUAGCCGAUUGCUGCUUUAGGAGCGAUGAUUUCUCAUUUGCAAAAGUCCUUCCUCGAACAGUUGCAUUCGGAAUGUGACCUGAACGAAGCCGCCGCCAAUGCCAUUCGCAGCCUCAAAGGCUUCACGCCUGGAAGUUCCCCAGGCUCCCCUCCUACGAUCUCCAGCGGCGAGUUUGCCAUUUUUGAUGAGGAAGACAGGAUGGGCCAGGACUGCGAGGUGGAUGCCUUUGACCUGUUUGCAGCUCGAAGUGCUUCCAUUGAAGCGAUGGAUGAUGAUCGAAAGCGUUUAGUUGGUAAGAUGCAGGCGGCUUUCUUGGAUGCCCUCAACGAUCAAGAUGCCAACGGGGCAGCUGCGGCUGCUCUGAAAAAUGUCCUCGGUUCUUCGGCAAGUGCAAGGAGCCAACGUGCAAAAGAACUUUUCCAGACGUUCUACCGCGAAAACUUGGAGCAACUGAAUGAUGCCAAUGCAGCUGCUGCCAGUGCGUUGAGGAGCUUGGCGGCCGCAAAGAGCUAAGUCUCUCUCCUCAGGCUGCAGAACUAUCCCAUGCCCAUUUUGUAGCACCGAAAGGCACCAGGCCGUGUCGGUGCCCAAUCCUUUUGCCUGAUCUUCCUACACUUGUACAGCACAGUUGGACCCGGUCCCUGCGCCACCAAAUCGGCAGCGCUGGGAUCAAUCCAGAUUGGCCGCUGACAUGAUGACAUUCAG